AUAUGUAAAGACUGCUGAUUGGUCAAACGUAAUUAAGAAAAGUGUGAUUGUCUUCAUCUCCCCAAAGAUUGUUAUAUAAGAAGGUGAUUUUCCUUUGGACAAUCAAGUCUUUGGUAAUUUGGGUUUUGCAUAACUAAACACCUGUGGACCUGUUAGCUAGCAAUAGCAUCUAAAAAGGUACGACAGUGAGAGGUAACUGAAAAUAUGGUGAGACUUACGAUGGACACGUUACUGGCAUCAAACAAUAUAAAAGACUCAUCAUUUUCGAAACCCAAAAGAAAGAGAAUACACAUUCCACAUAGUCAACGUCCGACUGAAUUUGUUGCACAGAGGAAUGAACGCGAGAGAAGUCGCGUCCAUAGCGUCAAUGAAGCAUUUAUGGUCCUGAAGAAACACGUACCAUUGAAAGUAAAGAAUCCGUCUAAAAGAGUUUCAAAAGCAAAGAUACUCCAAGCUGCGCUAGAUCACAUUCAUAACUUACUGGACAUUUUAGAAAGUAGAAAAUCACAAGAGAGUUGCUCAACUAAGAAAAGCAGCUUACAAAACAAUAAACCGGGAGUGACACCAAAUAAUGAGAACCUAGUCAAGACACACAAUGCAUCUACUACAAUGACAACAACGAAAAAAUAUUCCGAAUGCAUUCCUGACAUUAAAGAAAACCAAAACCAUAAGAUCACAAAUGAACUAUUAUUCAACAAUUCACAGUGCCAUCGACAAAUAGAACUUUCUGAACAUGAACAAUAUUCGGCAAGUAUGUACAACCAAUACCGCCUAGGCUACCACCGCACCACCGAACAACAGCAAUACAUCACUCAAAUAAAUUCUACGUAUGACCAAUGUCAAAAGACAUUAUCCCAGUUUAACACUGAGCAGCGUUUAUGCCAAGGAUACAGAUCCCAUGCAUUACAGUCGGAACCAUGGACGACCGGGAACACAACAGUGUCGCAACAAAAUGAAGUAGAAUACUUCCCAAGCACCGCUUAUUCCUUUGCUAAUGAUCCAGAAACCAGCAUACCUUAUCAAAUGACAGAAUCUUGGAUGCACGGCCUUCCACCGAGUCCCGAUUCCGGAUUCGCAGACGACAAAUCAACAUCCGGUGUUUCUGAAAUAUCCUUUCCGAUGAUGGACGACGAUUUUCCAGAAAAUGUGUCGCAUGCUUUCACUACAGAAUUUGCAAGCAAUAACUGAACUGCUGAAAGAACACUCAAAUAUCUUACAUUCAUGUUGGACUUUUCAAAUAUAAGAUUUGCAUAUAUAAAGAGCGACAUUUUGGAUUGUGAAAUGUCGCGUUGCUCAUAAUCCUCAUGGGCAAUGCAUGAACAUGAAAGAUCAUAAUUUUAUUAUCAUUUUUAUUAGUGUGGAUUGAAGAGCACUUUUACUGUUUAUUAAAGCAUUGUGAUAACUUUGAUGUUUUUUCCACAUGUGCCAAAAGUUGAAUCAAUUGCUAUAUUUAUAUAGUAGCAAAAUGGAUGCUAUGUGCAUUGCUGGACAUAACGGUUCUUCGAGGAUGAAGCUAUUCAAAAAUAAUCUUAUAUAUUUAUUGUUCUACGAAUGUUCAUGUACAUAUUUAAUAUAUCAAAAUUUACAAAUGCAUGUAGCAAAAACUAUACGAGCAGUCGUUAAUAAAUAAUAUAUAUUUUUCAUAAAUGUU